AUGAAUGCACUUCUCCUGUCUGCCUGGUUUGGCCACUUACGAGUUCUCCAGAUCCUGGUCAACUCGGGGGCCAAGGUCCACUGUGAGAACAAGGAUGGCCUGACUUUACUGCACUGUGCAGCCCAGAAAGGUCACGUGCCAGUGCUGGCAUUCAUCAUGGAGGACCUGGAGGAUGUGGCCCUGGACCGUGUGGACAAGCUGGGGAGGACGGCGUUUCACUGGGCUGCUGAGCACGGGCAGCUGGAUGCUCUGGACUUCCUUGUGGGUUCUGGCUGUGACCACAGGGUCAAAGACAAGAAGGGGAACACAGCCCUUCAUCUGGCUGCUGGCCGGGGCCACGUGGCUGUGCUGCAUCGACUGGUGGACAUUGGGCUGGACCUGGAGGAGCAAAAUGUGGAGGGUCUGACUGCCCUGCACGUGGCUGCUGAAGGGAUCCGCCCUGACUGUGUGAGGACCCUCCUCCGGGCUGGGAGCUGCGUGAACGCUCUCACCCAGAAAAAGCUGAGCUGCCUUCACUAUGCAGCCCUAGGUGGCUCUGAGGACGUCGCCUGGGCCCUCAUCCAUGCAGGAGGCUGUACCAACGUGGCUGAUCAUCAGGGUGCCUCUCCCAUACACCUCGCUGUGAGGCACAACUUCCCGGCCCUGGUUCGGCUACUCAUUGACACCAAGAGUGACCUGGAUGCCGUAGACAAUAGGCAGCAGACGCCCCUCCACCUCGCCGCUGAGCACGCCUGGCAGGACAUAGCAGAGAUGUUCCUCAUCGCUGGGGUUAACUUAAACCUGAGAGAUAAGCAAGGAAAAACUGCCCUGGCAGUUGCCGCCCGCAGCAACCACGUCAGCCUAGUGGACAUGAUCAUAAAAGCCGAUCGCUUCUACAGAUGGCAGAAGGACUACCUCUCAUGCAGGGACUCCAGUGACCCUUCCAGGAAGAGCUUGACCUUUAAGCAGGACCACCGGCAGGAGACACAGCAGCUCCGCUCUGUGCUGUGGCAACUGGCCUCCAAGUACCUGAGGCCCCACGAGUGGAAGAAGCUUGCAUAUUCCUGGGAGUUCACUGAGGCCCAUGUCCAUGCCAUUGAGCAACAGUGGACAGGCACCAAGAGCUACCGGGAACACGGCCACCGGAUGCUGCUCAUCUGGCUGCAUGGUGUGGGUGUAGCCGGCAAGAACCCCAGCAAAGCGCUGUUCGAGGGCCUUGUGGCCAUUGGCAGGAGUGACCUGGCUGAAAGCAUCAGGAAGAAAACAAAUGCAGACCCCAGUGCCUCCAGGAGGUGCACAGCCAUGUAA